ACUCUGGGAAGCCUCCCCUCUCCGCCUAUCGGUGCUCGCGGGGGGCGGGACCAGAGUUGCGUCAUCUCCCAGCGCCCUGCAAUGGCGGCCGUGUGGCGGGGCUACCAGCGGCUGAUGGCGCGGCGCCCGCGGACGGUGCAGGUUCUGACCGCCGGGGCAAUGGUGGGAGCUGGAGAUGUCAUCUCUCAGCAGCUGGUGGAGCAGAGAGGCCUGGCUGGGCACAGCAGUCGGAGGACUCUGAAGAUGAUGGCCGUCGGCUUUUGCUUUGUGGGCCCAGUCAUUGGAGGCUGGUACCAGGUGCUGGACCGCCUGGUGCCAGGCACGACCCGGAUGGCCGCCCUCCAGAAGAUGCUGCUGGAUCAGGGGGGGUUUGCCCCCUGCUUCCUUGGCUCUUUCCUGGCUGUGGUGGGAGUCCUCAACGGCCUGUCUCUGGAAGAGAAUUGGAACAAGAUCAAGCGGGACUACACAGAUGCCCUGGUCACCAACUACUAUAUCUGGCCGGCUGUGCAGGUGGCCAAUUUCUACUUCAUCCCCCUGAACCACAGGCUGGCUGUGGUCCAAUGUGUCGCCAUCGUCUGGAACUCCUACCUCUCUUGGAAGGCCAACCAUCUGUGAGCCUAGAAGAUUGGGGGACCCUCCCCUUUGGAUUCAGACCCACCUGCUGGACCCCAUCAUCUUCUCCCCCCCCCCCCAUAGACACAGACACAGACUGCAGUUGCCAGACCCUGGGCCCCCUCCAGCAAAGGCCAGUGAGGGGGCAGGC